ACAUUAAUGUAUGAUUUGGUUUCUUCACCUAUCCCACCUACCUCUCUACAACUAGAGAGAGAAGAAGAAGUAGCAGGCAAAUCUCGUCUCACUCUUUUCCUGUUUUCCUCUUCCCCCUGCUCAUGUCUUCUUCCAUCUCCUCUUCAACAAUGUCUUUGCAGAUGCAAACCUCCACGACCGUCUUCAGAAACUCCGCCCCAUCUACCGCCUCCCAAAGACUCCUCCCACUAAGAACCGUCGCGGUUCGCCAAGAAACGUCAUCAUCGUGGAGAGGAGUCAGAUGCAGCGGCGUUGGAGACGCCUGGAAGCAAAAAGCAGUUCCUAACUCCAACUAUGUGGUCCCUAUGGACGACAAGUUCUCCUCCUCCUCAUCCAUCACUCGGCCUCUGAUCGAGAUACUUCGCGAUCUCAACAAAAAGAUCCCCGAUAACAUCGUCAAGAGCCAUGGUCCUGGAUCCAAUGCCGCUUCUUCUGGCUUCAUCCCCUGGUACCAUGCAAACCGGAUGCUAAGCUUCUACGCACCGGGUUGGUGUGGGGAAGUUCGAGAUGUCAUUUACUCUGAGAACGGUUCCGUCGUCACCGUUGUUUAUCGUCUCACCAUUCGUGGCUCCGAUGGUGAGGCACAUCGUGAAUCUACUGGGACAGCAACCAUGACUGGUGAUCACAUCGAGGAUCCAGUUGCUGAAGCUGAGGAAAUGGCAUUCUGCAGAGCAUGUGCAAGAUUUGGUCUCGGCUUGUAUCUGUAUCAUGAGUCGUAGGGCUGGCUGGUAUGCUUACCUUCUUUUUUGGUUGAUGCGUCUAUCAACUUGUUGGAUAGACCCUUGUGUGAAUCUGUCAUGAUGUUCACAAACAAGUUAUUAAUUAAUAUCAUCAUUUUGUAUGUAUACAUUUUCCCUGGUGUUAUUUAGAUUUUUUGUGUA